ACGACACGAGCCAUUUUGCGGUCAAAAUGAAGAUGACCACAGGGCUGCUGUUGCUAGUGGCGGCGCUGGCCAGCGCCUCCGCGUUCUCAAUCAAUUUGAGACAAAAUCCGGAGACACUGUGCAUUGGCCAAGAAAAUUUCCUACGAAUCGCCUAUGUCGACAGCUGCUUGCACUACUACCAAUGUUAUUCAAGUCGUGCUUAUCUUAUGCAAUGUCCUUCGGGGACGUGGUUUAAUGAGGACGAGCAGAUUUGCGAUAAAUCUACACCACCAGAAAGCUGUCAAAUUGAGGAAGAACACGAUCCAGAGGAAGAAAUUGGUUCUGAAGAGGAAUCAGAACAAGUACCCGAGGAAGAGGAAGAUGUUGAAGAAGAAGUAGAGGAAGAUGAACAAGAAGUUGAAGAAAACGAAGAGGAAGAUGAACAAGAAGUUGAAGAAGACGAAGAGGUAGAUGAACAAGAAGUUGAAGAAGACGAAGAGGUAGAUGAACAAGAAGUUGAAGAAGACCAAGAAGUUGAUGAACAAGAAAUUGAAGAACAAGAAAAUGUUGAAGAAGAAACUGAUGAACAGGACGUAGACGAACAAGAAUUAAAAUUACAAGAAGAAAAUAAUACAGAUGAUGAAGAAAAUGAGGAGGGAGAAGAACUUACAGAACAGGAUGAAGAUGAACAGGACGAAGAAGAGCAGGAAGUAGAUGACCAGGAAGGAGAGGAUCAGGAUGUAGAAGAGCAAGAAGAAGAAAUACAAGUAGAGCAGGAAGUGGAAGAAAACGAAGAAGAUGAAGAAGAAACCGUACAACAAGAAGAGGAAGAAAACAAUGACGAAGAAUUGAAUAAUGAAGAAGUGAUUGAAGAAGCUGUAGUCCGCCGGGCAUCGUAUGAUCAUAAUCACCAGCAUCAACAUGGCCAUGGACACAAUCACGGCCACGAUCAUCAUCAUGACCAUGAUCAUGACCAUGAUCAUGACCAUGACCAUGACCAUGAACAUGAACAUGAACAUGAACAUGAACAUGAACAUGAACAUGAACAUGAACAUGAACAUGAACAUGAACAUGAUCAUGAACAUGAACAUGAACAUGAACAUGAUCAUGAUCAUGAACAUGAACAUGAACAUGAACAUGAACAUGAACAUGAACAUGAACAUGAACAUGAACAUGAACAUGAACAUGAACAUGACGAACCUUCUUCUAACGAUGUCGAAGGAUCUGGAGAAGGAGAGGAAGGCGAGGAAGAUGCUGUCGUAGAUUUUAUUUGGUCAACUAGGCGUUUAAAACAACAAGAAGAUUUAGAACAAGAAGUUAAUGAUGAGAUGGAAGAAGAAGCUGAUAAUGACGAAAGUAAUAUUGAUGAAGAUGGUAAUGGUGAUGAAGACGGUGACGAUAAUGAAGAAGAUUCUAUCGCUGUUGAUGAUACUAAUGGUGAUGACAAUGGUGAUGACGAUGCUAGCGAUGAUGGUGAUGACGAUGCUAACGAUGAUGGUGAUGACAACGGUGAUGACGAUGCUGUCGAUGAUGGUGAUGAUACUAACGGUGACGGUGAUGACAACGGCGAUGAUGAUGCUAACGAUGAUGACGAUACUAACGUUGAUGGUGAUGACAACGGUGAUGACGAUGCUAACGAUGAUGGUGAUGACAACGGUGAUGACGAUGCUAACGAUGAUGGUGAUGACAACGGAGAUGACGAUGCUAACGAUGAUGGUGAUGACAACGGUGAUGACGAUGCUAGCGAUGAUGGUGAUGAUGCUAACGAUGAUGGUGAUGACAACGGUGAUGACGAUGCUAACGAUGGUGGUGAUGAUAACGGUGAUGACGAUGCCAACGAUAAUGGGGAUGAUAACGAAGAUGACAAUAAUAACGGUGAUGAGGAUGACAAUGGUAAUGGAGAGGACGAUGGUAACGGUGAUGAGGAUACCAGCGGUGAAAAUGAUAAUGGUGAUGAUGUUGAUGAUGAUGAUGAUGAUGAGAAUAACGAUGCUGAAGAUGAUGAUGGUGAUAAUGAUAAUAACGAUGAUGGUGACAAUGAAGGCAAUGUCGAUGAUGAAAACGGUGAAGACAGUCAAAGUGAUGAAACGGAAAAUGAUACCGACAAUGAAGAAUUUGGGGUUAAAAUGCUUUUCAAAAGAUUAAUAAGUGCAUUCGCUUAA